AUGGAUUCCAACUCGAUUGCUAUUUAUGACCUCGAUCGACUGGAAUCUAUAAAGUUGGAAGGCAAUAAGUUGUUCUCGGAAUCAGAGUAUAAAAAAGCAUCAGAAUUGUACUAUAAAAUAUUAAAAGAGUGUUUUAAGUUGAAAACAAACGAAAUUAAUGUAGAAGAACUGGAAAAUGUAGUUGGGGAACAAAAAAAUAAAAUCCAGGAUCCUGACAUCAGAAUAUUCCUCUCAAAGAUAUGCUGUAACCUGGGAAUCUGUCAUAAUUCGCUAGGCCAAAAACAAGAUUCACUAAGAUUUUUCAAAAUUUCACUGGUUCUAGAUGACCAGAACUAUAAAUCUAACUAUCAUGUGGCUCACUAUCACAUUACACACACUGACUAUAACACGGCACUAACGUACAUUCAAAAUUGCCAAAAAAUAGUUAACAGUAACUUGAAUGUAUAUAAGAAAAUACGUCAGCCUCAUUUGGAUCUUCUAGAUCAGAUAAAGCAAUCUUUGAUAAAAACUAACCAGACCGUAGAUAACGUAAAUGACCCAAAACACCUAGUGGAGGACAUAUGUUCAGGAAAUAAUAUUAAUAUCAACAUUCAAAGGCUUCAACUAAUACCAUGCAGGAAGUUGUUAUUGUCAGAAUCCGUAAAAUCCCUUGUUCAGUUUUGUAAAAAUAAACUUGAGUCUGACCAAGUCGACGAACACUUAUGUUCAGUCUGGUCAUGUCUGUACCAUAUUUUGUAUAAAUGUGAAGAGGAAAGCGUUUUCGAGCUUAGAGAACAAUUUCUAUCAGAAUUCGAGGAAGACUCAUUAACUUCAUACGUAAUGAAACUGAUAAAACUUAAGUCUCAAAAGGUUCAUGAAAACACAUUGUACACAUCAGUUCUAUCUAAUAUUGUUAAGUGUUGUCCGCUUAUAAAACGAGUAGAUUCGCUUGAAGUUUUAUUGGUGCUUUUGGAUAAGGAGAUUGUUGAUUUGGAGCUUUUGCUCACUUCAAUCCUUUUAUAUUUUUCAAAGGAGAGUAAAUCCAAAAGUGAAGUUAAACACCAGAGCUCUAAGUUUAAUUCAAUUCUGCUAAAGUUGCUUGAAAACCUAUUUUCGUUGUGUGACGAUGAAACAUUUGAUUACCAACAGCAACUUAAGUCCUGUUUAAUAUCAGUAUUCACAAUGAAGUUUGAUCCAUACGAAGUAUCCACAGAAGCUUUCGUUAAUACUAUUAACAUUGCACUUGAGCCAUAUGUACAUACUGAAUUUUCAGAUAACGCUAAGAAAUUUGUAACUUUCAGCACAUGCUGGUACGUGGUAUUAAACUCUCUGUUCCUUGCAAAUAAGACUCUGUUCAAAAGCUAUCUUGUAACAACUAGACUUCUUUACCACGUUAUUACUGUAUACUUUAAUGAGAAUUGUAAGAAAAUUAGGAAACUGGCAUUUGAGCUUUUACUAAACUGCGUUGACACUGUGGAGUUCAGACAAGAAAUUCUAGACUAUGUAGAGGAUGGACAAAGUUUUAUUGAACUUUUAAAUUCACCAGAAUUUGUAAAUUUCAUAGAAACAGUUGAUAAUGAAACGAAUUUGGAUUUAAAUAACAAACUAGUUGAAACAAAAGAACCUAAAAAGAAACUUGAAGGUUUGGACUGGUUUGUACAAACAAGAAUUUUGAUGUUUUGUAAACUUAGUUUACACUCUUCACAAGUUAAGGACGAAGUUUUAAGUGUUUUUAACAUUUUUAAACAGGUGCCAAGGUGUAUAUUAUACAACAUUAAACACAAGCUUGACCUUGAGAUAUUGUUACAGGGUGCCUCAUUUGCAAGCUUACACGAGGAAUUUAAGAAAACUGAUCUAUCAUUCCUUCCAUCGGCGUUUGAAUAUUGUAACAAUUCGGAAUACCUGUUACACUAUUUUCUCCAAACGAUAUGUAAUUUAUUGAGAGGAAAUAAGGAUAGAACAAGUUUUACAGAGGAUUUGGAUUUGUUAAAGUAUGAUAGAGAACAGCUGGAUCAACUUAAAACGUUGCAGGAAAAAUUGCCGGAAGAAGCAAAGGUUACAGUAAACGGGAAUUAUUUUGAGGGGAAUGACGAGUCUGCAAACAUGGCAAGGAGUAUUAUCUUCACAAUUUCAAAUUCAGCAAUUCCAAAUCAGCUUUGUACAAUAUUCAAUAAAGUAACGUCUGAAACGUCAAAGUCUCUUAUUGUAGAAUCACUCCAUUAUUUGGCAUUGAAUGUGAAUCAUCGAAGAUAUUUGCAGACACUAGGUGCAAUGCGUAUUUUAAUAAACGUAGCGAAUUCCAGUAAAUACCAGCUUAAACAGGGUUCUAAAGCUGCAAAUUUUAGAAAAAUGAACCGUUACAAACUCAUUGUACAGUCUAUUGCACACCUAAUAAUUUCAAUGGACCCUGCAAACCUCAGUUUUAACGACGCACACGACUCAAUCCAGCCACUAAUUAAUGUUUUGGAAGACGAAAAUGAACUAUUUCAGUUCGAGUCCUGUUUGGCACUUACGAACCUGCUUUCCAUCAAUGACGAUAUUAGGAAAAGAGUCUUUGCUCUGAAUGGAUGGGACAAGUUCUCAAACCUAGUGUUUUCAGAAAAUGAAAUGCUGAGAACUGCAGGCCUUGAGGGCUGGUGUAACCUUUGUGCAGGAGACGACGUUGUCCACGGCCAUUUUUACAUGAAAAUAAAAACCCAAAUAGAAAACACUCCCCCUGACAAGGUUUACGACAUCAACGUCCACGAUAUUAACAUCAUGCUUCUUUUCGUUUCUCCUGGGAUUUCAUUAAAAACACUUUCGGCAGCCUCAGGGUAUGUUUAUCUACACUUAAUUUAUCAAAUUUCACAUUUAUAUUACAGGGCGCUUGCUCUACUUGUUAGAGAUGGUAGGAUCGCACAGUACAUGCCAUUCGUUUCAAGAUUUGAGAACGUUUUAAAGACUCUGGAUUCGACUGAAGACCCUUCAAUUCUUCAUAGGCUUUUGACGAUUCUUUCCUGUGUGGUUCAGUCUAGGCCCAGGGACUUGAGUGAGCCUAACGAGAAACACAUGGAUGCAUAUAUUGAGAAAAUCGUUAGUUCUGUAAGACGUAACUCACACAAGUAUUCUAAUAAAACUCUUCUUGACCUAUUUCGUGAGAUUUGUUAG